CUUGGAGCCUCACCAGUGGAGGAUAUGAACAGCAUUGUGAGUUACCACUUGUAGAUUGACUGGGCUUUUUACGCGGAGGCCUUGUCAACUCUUCUCACAUUCUCGCAAUGUCAACUAUCGGCUCGCAUGACCCAGGCCACUAUUUCCAGACAGAUACGUCAUUGGUUGAAAGCGAUCGAAAACAACGCAAAGCAGCAAACACCAAGGGCAGCCCUGUAAAGUUUCCUACAAAGAUCUUGGCUGUAGAAGUCAAUUACUUCUUCGAUCCCAGCGGCGAUGUGGUGUUCCUUGCUGAAGCCAGUGGCUCGGUGAGUGGGUUACGGUUAUCGACAAAUGAAGUGUCGGCCAUUCCCAGAGGGGCACAGGCGCCCCUGACCUGCCUUGCCUAUCAUGCCACGAAAACACCUCAAGAUCCUUUCACCACAAUGCAAGUAUUCGCCGGCGGCUGGGACAAGUCGGUAUGGAAUUACACGUUUCGCUUUGCAGAAGACACGAUGCAGGGUCGGACCGUCACUGACUACACCUCAUUCCCUGCCCAUCGCGAUUUUGUCAAGUGCUUGAUUGUGGUGCAGACUCCAGACAAGCAAGACAUCCUGAUAACGGGAGGAGCUGAUGGAGAUGUUCGGUUCUGGAGCAUAGGAGGCCAACCUCUGGGAUCCUUAAAUCCCAAUUGUCGGGGUAUCGAAGCUCUUGCACUGGACCCCCUUUCUGACCCUGACUCGCCUGGCGUCAUGUUCUCUACGUCAAAGAAAGAAAUCUUUUCAAUUACAGUUCCAGAAGUUUCAAAGAUCAAGACCUCUCAGAUACAAUUGGCCGGCCCCAUUGUUCCCCACGAAACCAGUGUGUACAAAUUGCACUUUGACGAUGAUGGCGACUUAUGGACAGCUUCCGCCGACAAGACAGCUAAACAGCUCUCUCGAAACGACAACUGGCAAGCAGUAUUGACACUAGAGCACCCAGAUUUUGUUCGAGAUGUGGUGACGCACGACGAUUACGGCUGGGUGUUGACCGCAUGCAGAGAUGAGGAAGUCCGAGUGUGGUUCAAGGCCACGGGUGACCUCCACCACGUAUUCAGCGGACAUUACGAAGAGGUCACAGGCUUGACGAUAUCAAAUGAUCUGCUGAUCAGCGUGAGCAUCGAUGGGACACUGCGGAGGUGGAGCCUUGCACCAGCAGACCUCCAGAGAGCAGUAGAAGAAAUGAAACAUCCCCACUUGCUUGAAGACGAACCAGAGCCAAAGGUUGACCUCUCCAUGCUGACGGAGGAGGAAGAGGCAGAGUUGCGGGCACUGAUGGAAUCUGAAGAACAAGAAACGCUGGAGAAGAUGGUGCUGGACGAACAGUGAAGGGAUAUCAUGGUACGAAAUAUUCCGUACGACUACACGUAGUCUGAUUGUGGAUCUGGACCAGACUCGAGAGUCUCCUCAUUCCUUAUCAGCAAGAAUCGAUAGUGCGCUGAAUGCGCGCAAAAUGCCCCAGAUUAGAUAAGCAUAUUGAUAUGGAAAUCCAGGCUUCCCAUUGGUUGUCAUGCCACUUCC